AUGUCACAAUACACUCAGAAGGACCUGAAGCUGUUGUUAGUAGACAUGAAGGAGGACAUGUUGAAAGAAGCGAUCGUUAAAGCGGAAGAAGCGAUUGAUAAAUUCAAACUCCUGAUGGAAAUUGCGGAGUUUAUAAAAACUAGCUUCGACAGCAUGUUCCUGCCGCCGUGGCAUGUGAUCGUUGGUCAGAAGUUUGGCUCUCGUGUUACACAUGAAAUUGGAACGUUGGCGUACUUUAUUCUAGGCAACAUGGCUUUCUUCAUUUUUAGAGGAUUAGAAGAGUAA